AUGUCCCCCGCUGCUGAUAUAGAUACUCGAUCUCAUACUGGAGGCACAAACGAUGACAAACCUGCUGACACAGCGGUUGAAAAGUGCACCACGAGGUUCGACAGUAGUCCGUGCGCGAAUGGCACUAGUCUCCGACGCUUCAAGAAGGAGGAUGGUGUGAUCUACCAUAUUCCGUCAAGUUCAGAUCUGGCAAGCCUUUUUGCACUAGACGCGAGUAAACCCAUCUUGGUGAUCCCCCCUACUCUCAAGAGAAAGUCGUCUUCCUCAUCGAUUGCCAUGAUCCGUCCUCUCCGAGCCGUUCGUCGACUCUUGCGCAGGUCAGAGACAGUGGCUCCUCCCAAGACAACUUUUGCACAUGCAGUCAAGAGUUUCACAUCAGUUUCGACCAAGUUACCUCCAAAGAGAUUAGGUUCUCGCAUACUCCAACGAUCUGCGUCUUUGAGAGUACAGGAUGGUGCCAAAACGGAUAUCGCAACCAUUACUUCUCGCAUUUUCCAGCAUUUCACUAUCCCACAAGUUCCUUGUGAUAUUCACGAUGUUGAAGGAUCAGAGCCCAUCUCACAAACUACGGUCGAUGAUACGCCGGGGAAGUAUGCCUUAGAGAAUCUUGACUUGAUGGUCCGCUGCUACGAACGCCACGUCACGACAUGGGACUCCCCCGACUAUGGAUUCUUCAUCUUCCCAGCACAACUCGUGAUUGCUUGUACCUUCACCAAUGAUUUAGACCCCCUGGCUAUCCCGGACGUCACUAUCGUCGAUCUCGUCUGCACUACGUUCGCGAUAAAUGGCCCAUACAAGUCUCACCCCCAAAUCGCGUUCAGGACGUUCUAUGACGGCGCCAGGAUGCGCUACGUCAACGAUACGCCUACACCCGAUUUGUCUCGAGGCAUUCAUAUUGGGAAUAUCCCCUGGUGUUCUUCCAUGGACAAGGAUGGUAAUUUCGGCUGGUACAUGCACUUCUGGAUUCCAAUCCCGUUCAUACUCUUUCAGCGAGCGGAGACGAGAGUCUUCAAAAUAGACGCCAAGGUACGCGUCAAUGGAGAGGAUGGCAAAGACGGUGUUUUGAAUGCUACAAGUGAUUUCACAUUGUCGAGGUUGCGGAGUGGUUUAGUAAUGUAA